AUGGAGGGCCAAUCUGGCCGGCCAGCUUCUCAAUCCCCGAAAAGUCCAACCUCGACACGAAGACAAGAGCUUGGGCCGUCUUGGACCAGUCCACAUCGCAGACCAUCUAAUGUGCUCCCACCCCAUAAGAAUGGACUAGGACUUGGUAUCACUAGCAGUCCUCCGAAAAGGCCCGCCUACGAUCGUGAACGCCAUGUAUCCUUCAGCGACACUAGCACUCCUAUUUCCCGGAACCCGCCGAAACCUUCCAUCCCACCCAGCGGGCAAGUUUCUGCUCUCCCUAGCAGCCAGAUCUCAGAAAUCGUCUAUCCACCUGGCGUUGGCCGCGACAGGAUUCAACAGAUUCAAGAACGCCAGAGGAAAGAAGAACGGGAGAUGCGCGAUAUUCGCCAAAAGUUGAAUGACUCAAAUACGGAUGCAUCAUUACGGCCGGUGUUAUGGAAUAUGCUGGAUGUCUAUGAGAAAAUAAAGAACCGUAAUAACUCAGAGGGCAAGAGAAGGAGAAGUGGAGUGACCGACGACCUUAUAAAAUUUAGGAAAAAUCUUGAAAAACUACGGAUGGAACUGCAAGAGCUUGAGGAUAAGCUUGCUGCUAAGUCUUUAUCACCACCUAAGGAGAAUGGCCAUGUGACACCUGAAGUUGAGAAGUCAGUGGAAGUUUCGGAUACUUCAGAUUCAGAUGACGAAGGGUCGAGCGAGGUCGAUGGAAAUAGCGAUUUCGAGAAGCCUGAACAUCAAACCGACGAACAGGCUGUUGACAAUGAUGAAGAAAUGAUGGAUGUGGAACCAGUCGAGGUCAAUGGCCAACCUCAAGCUGCAGAAGAUAAGGAGGAAUCGACGAAUGUGUCUGAAUCUUCAGGGGAGUCGGAACCGGAAGCAGACCACCCAGAAAAAGAACUCGUGGACGAGGACGCUGCGAUUGAUAUUGACAGUGAUGACGAGCCAGAGUUGCCGACUAUUCAUCAAGCGAAAGAAUCUGUGGAUGAUAAGCGCUGA